AUGGAAUCAACUCCAAAACUAGCAGAGGUGGUUUUUGUUUUUUUAAGCAUCAUUAUUAAAUUAAGAGCACUUGCCAGCAUCUCUUCUGUGGAACAGGCACCGGAGAUCUGGAAGCUGGCUGAGCGAACCCUCCCCUUCACUCUGGAGUGCCUUACGCCUCAUGAAUGUUACCUAACGGAGGGAGCAGAGUCAUGCCUCAGCUCCGUCCUGUAUCAAAAACUCUGCUGCUUGGCUGCAACAGGCCACCAUGGCAGGAUUCUUGGGAUGCUCUGGAGCCUUCUGACCCUCUCUGAGUGUCACUGGCAUCAACUGCUGUUGCUGCGCCUGCACCUCUGCAGAGAGUGUAAAUCUGUCUGGACUGGAAAACCAGGACGUUGGGAGAUGCCCUGCUCCUCUUCCAGUGGAAGUUCCCAAGGACUCCUGGUCCAAAGCGCACAAAGGCGGGGGAGCAGCUUCCUUUCCUGUCCAACCGGGAAGCCUGCAUCUUCAUCAUGCAGCAUUUCUGCAGAUAUAUUUCCUGCCCCACUUUGGUUUUCAAUGCUACCUGGUUUGUAUAUCAAUAAAGAGUUGUUUUAA